AACAGGGUGUGACAAUAAGGGCUUAGAGGAAGGACAUGAAGAUGACGAGGAAAAGCGUGAUAAAUAUGAGAAUCGUGGAGACGAGGAUAUGAAUGAAGAGGAAAGAGGGGACGAGCGAGUUGGACUAAAGGGAGAUUCACAUAGCCCACAGAGAAUUGCACAUACUAAGAAGUCUUUUAAGUAUGGGAAAAUUUCAGCC